AAGCCUGCGCGGGGCCGCCUAGCUAGCUCACAGUUCGGCAGGCGGCCUCCGGGUCCUGACCACUGCGCCCGCGGCCCUGGGCGAGAACAGAGGCUAGACUCGAGGUUCGGCGGCCGGCGCUGCUCUCGGAAGAUGGCCACCUGUGCAUGGCUCGUCCUGGGAGGAGCUGACUUCAGUCAUCACGAUGCCUAAGAAUCGAGUGUGACAUUUCUCCAGGUACUUCAUGGUGUUCUCCUCCAUCCUCUCCACAUAGCUGCUCUGCGUGGCUCCUGAAACAUGGGGGAAAAUGAGGAUGAGAAGCAGACCCAGGCUGGGCAGAUAUUCGAGAACUUUGUCCAAGCUUCCACAUGCAAAGGUACCCUUCAGGCCUUCAACAUCCUCACCCGACACCUGGACCUAGACCCUCUGGACCACAGAAACUUUUAUUCCAAGCUCAAGUCCAAAGUGACCACCUGGAAGGCCAAGGCCCUGUGGUACAAACUUGACAAGCGUGGAUCCCACAAAGAGUAUAAGCGAGGAAAAUCUUGUAUGAACACCAAGUGUCUCAUCAUUGGGGGAGGACCAUGUGGUCUGCGCACUGCCAUUGAACUUGCCUACCUGGGGGCCAAAGUGGUUGUGGUGGAGAAGAGGGACACUUUCUCCCGGAACAACGUGCUGCACCUCUGGCCUUUCACCAUCCACGACCUGCGAGGCCUGGGAGCCAAGAAGUUCUAUGGGAAGUUUUGUGCCGGUUCCAUCGACCAUAUCAGUAUUCGUCAGUUGCAGCUCAUCCUAUUCAAGGUGGCCUUGAUAUUGGGGGUUGAAAUCCACGUGAAUGUCGAGUUUGUGAAGGUUCUAGAGCCUCCUGAAGAUCAAGAAAAUCAAAAAAUUGGCUGGCGGGCAGAAUUUCUCCCUGCAGAUCACUCUCUGUCGGAAUUUGAGUUUGAUGUCAUCAUUGGCGCGGAUGGCCGCAGGAACACACUGGAAGGGUUCAGAAGAAAAGAAUUCCGUGGGAAGCUGGCUAUUGCAAUCACCGCCAACUUCAUCAACAGAAACAGCACAGCUGAGGCCAAGGUGGAAGAGAUUAGCGGUGUGGCUUUCAUCUUCAAUCAGAAAUUUUUUCAGGAUCUUAAAGAAGAAACAGGGAUUGAUCUUGAGAACAUUGUUUACUACAAGGACUGCACCCACUAUUUUGUUAUGACCGCCAAGAAGCAGAGCUUGCUUGACAAAGGUGUCAUCAUUAAUGACUAUAUCGACACAGAGAUGCUGCUGUGCACGGAGAAUGUGAACCAGGACAACCUGCUUUCCUACGCACGCGAGGCUGCAGACUUCGCCACCAAUUACCAGCUGCCGUCUUUAGACUUUGCCAUGAACCAUUACGGGCAGCCUGACGUGGCCAUGUUCGACUUCACCUCCAUGUACGCCUCCGAGAAUGCGGCCUUGGUGCGCGAGCGGCAGUCACACCAGCUGCUCGUGGCCCUUGUGGGUGACAGCUUGCUUGAGCCAUUCUGGCCCAUGGGCACUGGCUGUGCCCGCGGCUUCCUGGCAGCCUUUGACACUGCAUGGAUGGUGAAAAGCUGGGACCAAGGCACUUCUCCCCUGGAGCUUCUGGCUGAAAGAGAAAGUCUUUACCGACUGUUACCUCAAACGACCCCAGAGAACAUCAACAAGAACUUUGAGCAGUAUACAUUAGACCCGGGGACGCGGUACCCAAACCUCAACUCAAACUGCGUCAGGCCACAUCAGGUGAAGCAUUUGUACAUUACUAAGGAGCUGCAUCAGUAUCCUCUUGAGAGGCUGGGCUCAGUGAGGAGAUCCGUUGGCCUCUCCAGGCGAGAGUCGGACAUCCGGCCCAGCAAGCUCUUAACCUGGUGCCAGCAGCAGACCGAGGGCUACCAGCAUGUCAGCGUCACCGACCUGACCACGUCCUGGCGCAGUGGCCUGGCCCUGUGUGCCAUCAUCCACCGCUUCCGGCCUGACCUGAUCAACUUUGACUCUUUGAACGAAGACGACGCUGUGGAGAACAACCAGCUGGCAUUUGACGUGGCAGAGCGUGAGUUUGGCAUCCCCCCAGUGACCACAGGCAAAGAGAUGGCAUCGGCCCAGGAGCCCGACAAGCUCAGUAUGGUCAUGUACCUCUCCAAGUUCUACGAGCUCUUCCGGGGCACCCCUCUGAGGCCUGUGGAUUAUUGGCGUAAAAACUAUGAAGAGAACGCCGACCUCGGCUUGGCCAAGUCAUCCAUUCCUCAUCAUUAUCUCAACCUCACGUUUCCGAGGAAGAGGACUCCGCGAGUGGACAGUCGAACCGAAGAGAAUGACAUGAACAAGCGGAGGCGGAAGGGCUUCAACAACCUGGACGAGCCUUCAGCUUUUUCCAGCCACAGCUUGGGCUCCAAUCAAGAGGGCAUUAAGGAAGGUGGAAAUCAGAACAAAGUCAAGUCCAUGGCAAGUCAGCUGCUGGCCAAGUUCGAGGAGAGCUCACGGAACCCCUCAAUCCUGAGGCAGGAGCACCGUGUCUCAGGGAUAGGUAAGCCUACACUGCGCUCUUCCUCUGACCCUCCUGUUAACUCUCGCGGCCCCAAGCCGGAGGAGCCCACACCCAGCCCAUCACCACCUCUGAAAAGGCAGUUCCCCUCCAUGGUUGUGACAGGACACGUGCUCCGAGAGAUAAAGCAAGUGUCUGCUGGUGGUGAGUGUCCAGCCAGGCCCUGGAGAGCCCGAGCCAAGUCUGACCUGCAGCUGGGUGGGCCAGAAAACCUCACCAGCCUGCCUCCCACCUGCCCGGGAGCGCUGGCCCUCUCUGGGGUGCUGCGGCGGCUGCAGCAAGUGGAGGAAAAGGUUCUCCAGAAAAGGGCUCAGAACUUGGCCAACAGGGAAUUUCACAAAAAGAAUAUUAAGGAGAAGGCAGCUCACCUUGCCUCCAUGUUUGGACAUGGGGAUUUCCCACAGAAUAAACUCCUCUCUAAGAGCCUGUCUCAUACUCAUCCUCCGUCUUCUCCCUCCUGCCUUCCAUCUCCUGAUUCAGCUGCUACUUCCUCUCCAUCAACUGUUGACUCUGUUUCUCCUGCCAGAAAGGCAAAGAAGUCGCCUUCAGGUUUCCAUUUCCAACCCGGCCACUUAAGAACAUUGCGGCCUCAGCUGACAGUAGGGAAAGUAUCCAGCGGAAUAGGGGCUGCAGCUGAAGUUCUGGUCAAUCUGUACUUGAAUGAUCACAGACCUAAAACUCAGGCCACCUCUCCAGACCUGGAGUCCGUUCGGAAGACGUUUCCCCUGAACGUGGGUGGCAGCGACACCUGUUACUUCUGCAAGAAGCGCGUGUACGUCAUGGAGCGGCUGAGUGCGGAGGGCCACUUCUUUCACCGGGAGUGUUUCCGCUGCAGCGCCUGUGCCACCACCUUGCGCCUGGCCGCCUACGCCUUCGAUGUUGACGAAGGCAAGUUUUUCUGCAAGCCUCAUUUCAUUCACUGUAAGACCAACAGCCAGCAACGGAAGAGACGGGCAGAGUUGAAGCAACAGAAAGAGGAGGAGGGGAUGUGGAAAGAGCAGGAAGCCCCUCGGCGAGACCCUCCCGCGGAAAGUUCUUGCGCCGCUGCUGCCAUCGCCACGCCGGAAGGCAGCCCCCCAGUUCAUUUCAGCCUUCCAGUGCUGCACCCACUUCUUGGCUGACACACUUCUGCUCUGAGAGUCUCUCCCCUUUAUAGAAUGUCAACCAAAGAGUGCCCUCCUCCCCCGAGCCUCCUCCUUAGCUAGCCUCCCCGACCUUGUCACCAUGCAUGUUUGUGACCUUUGAUAGUCAUUACAGUGCCACGUGGAACCCUGUAUUUUGCACACAGCAAACAAUGUUUAGCUUUAUUUAUGGUAUUUGAUGCUGUACAUG